AUGUACCCGUCCAUCAAACACGGGAUGAACACUGAAUCUGGGGCUGCGCUGCGCUGGGGAUGGCUCGCGAAGCUCCGGCAGCGGCUGCGGUGGCUGCUGGAAGUAAUCGCUGUUCCUCUCUUUUCAGACACUUUUCCCGAAAUCUCCCUGAACAACGAGAAAAGCCUGCCAGAAACCAGCUAUCCCAACCAAACGACGCGGCUGCCGCCGAUAACCUACACGGGGCGCUUCUCCUUAGAGCCGGCCCCCAACAGCGGCAACACCUUAUGGCCAGAGCCUCUCUUCAGCCUCGUCAGUGGGCUGGUGGGCAUGGCUAAUGCACCUCCCACCUCGACGCCUACUUCAUCAUCGCCAUCCUCCUCCUCGCAGAGCUCCCCACUGAGCUGCUCAGUCCAAGCCAGCGAGAACAGUCCAAUCUAUUCAGCUGCACCAACGUUUCCCAAUUCCAGCUCUGACAUUUUCCCUGAAUCGCAGACCCAGUCCUUCCCCAACCCCUCUGGAGCCCCCAUCCAGUACCCACCUCCAGCUUAUCCGACUGCUAAAACCAACUUUCAGGUGCCAAUGAUCCCGGAUUACCUGUUCCCUCAGCAACAGGGAGAGCUCAGUCUUGUUCCGGCUGAUCAGAAGCCCUUCCCAGCCCUGGAGACCAGAGCACAGCAGCCUUCCCUCACGCCACUGUCCACUAUUAAGGCAUUUGCUACUCAGACUGGUUCCCAGGAGUUGAAGACCCUCAACACUAACUAUCAGUCCCAGCUGAUCAAGCCCAGCAGGAUGAGGAAAUACCCAAACCGUCCCAGCAAGACCCCUCCUCACGAGCGACCCUACGCCUGCCCCGUGGAGUCCUGUGACCGGAGGUUUUCCCGAUCCGAUGAGCUGACGCGGCACAUCCGCAUCCACACGGGACAGAAACCUUUCCAGUGCCGCAUCUGCAUGCGGAACUUCAGCAGGAGCGACCACUUGACCACGCACAUCCGCACACACACAGGGGAGAAGCCAUUUGCCUGUGACAUUUGUGGCAGAAAGUUUGCCAGGAGUGAUGAGAGGAAGAGGCACACUAAAAUCCACCUUAGGCAGAAGGACAAGAAAGUGGAAAAGGCAGCUCCAGUCUCAACUGCUUCCCCAAUUCCUGCCUAUUCAUCCUCUGUGACUACAUCCUACCCUUCCUCCAUCACCACCACUUAUCCCUCACCAGUGCGCACAGUGUAUUCCUCUCCUGCUCCGUCUUCCUAUCCGUCCCCUGCACACACCACAUUCCCCUCCCCUUCUAUAGCAACCACUUAUCCCUCUGGCACUGCCACUUUUCAGACCCAAGUGGCCACCUCCUUCUCAUCUCCAGGGGUCACCAAUAAUUUCAGCUCUCAGGUGACCUCAGCACUUUCAGACAUGAACUCAGCCUUUUCUCCAAGGACAAUUGAGAUCUGCUGAGAUGACCUUCUGGAACAGGAGAAUUUACCUUUUCCAUUGGUAUUAUCAGACAUGGAGUCUCCAAUUACUCCCCCAACACCAUACGUUGCAAGGCUAUUUAACUUUAGUUUAAACUUCAGCUGCCUGAAACAACUGCUGCUUAAGUUUUCCACCUCUGUUGAAUGACUUAAUUUGCAUGGACUGUGGAUAUAAGUUCAAUAUAAUUUUCCCCGUAAACAAUAGUCUUUUAUUAGGAAGAAAGGACUUUUGAUUAAGUAUCUAGCUGAUGUAAAUUGUACAUGUGCCAUGGUUUUGCUUUCCUUUAGGGUACUAUUGAUGUGGAAAAAAAAAAUCUUUGCAUAUUCAUAUUGUAUUAUUUGGAGUUUGCAGGGCCAUAUUUUGUAAAUGUUAAUUCUAUUUCAGUGACAAUGCUGUAACGCGUUUCAAACUUCUUUGGGAACAGCACUUACUGUAUUUGAGCAUGUUAGAGUGAUGCUGUGUAAAUAUCAUCUGAUGAGACACUCACAUGUGGCAGAAGUUUUGUUUUAAAAGUUAAAAGUCUUGGUGCCUUUUCGUGAAGCCUUGCUGACGUCAUGCAUUUGUGUGAAUGGAUGCUUUGCAUCUUGCCUUAAAAGUGAAAGGGAUGUUACUCAAAGAAUGUAAAGGGAAGCAGGGAAUGGGUGGGGAGAGGAGCAGGAGAAAGGCCUGAGGGAUGGAAUGUAAGCAAAAAAAAAAAAAAAUCCCACACCUCUCAAAGUCUAUUUUUGUUACAAAAAUGUAAAUUUAUAUAUAUAUUCAGGAGUUGGAAUGUUGUAGUUACCUACUGAGUAGGCAGCAAUUUUUGUAUGUUAUGAACAUGCAGUUCAUUAUUUUGUGGUUUAUUUUUACUUUAUAAUUGUGUUUGUUAAAAUGAAAGUGACUGUUUGGCUUCUAAACACAUUGAAUGCGCUUUCCUGCCAAUGGGAUAUUUGGUGUACAAUACCCUUCAGAAAAAAAUAAAUAAAAUAUCAAGUCGUGCAGA